UCAUUUGCACAGAUACGGGACUUUGUUCUACUGUCCCCAUUUUCAUCUUCCUUUCGUCUUCUUUCACUCUCCGGUCUCUAUUCUUCUUAUCCUUUCUUCUCGUACUCUCUCUCAUCACCAUCGUCGAUCGUAAAAAGCAGUUGAAAAGCUGGAAGAGAUUGUAGAUCUGGAGAUGAAGCUUCAAAUAAUGUUCGAAUAGAUCUUGACUUCGCUGGAAGAGCACUGCGCCGCCGUGCUCCUCUGCGUGCCUUGCGCUUCACGUGACGUCAUUCGCCUUCGUGAUGAUGUAUUUGAAAAAUGAUGUUUUCGUUGGUUAUGAAAGAUGGGAGGAUGAGGAUUGUCGUGAUUGCCCAGGUUGCGGGGUGUGAGGAGGCGUGGGAGAGUUUCGCAAGGCUGAAAAUUGUAUAAUGGCUAAACAAGCUCAAAACCUCUUUUUGGAGGAAUGGCUUACUCUUAACAGUAAUGGUAGCAGCAGCAUCAGCUCUAUACAAUCUUCUUCAUCAUCAGCAAGAGCCAUCAUCCAAGCAUGGGGUGAUCUUAGGGACUCCCUAAAGCAAAAUUUCUUCCAACCACAUCAUCUUCAAUCUCUACAAGUCUUGCAUAAUUCCCAAUCCUCUGUUUAUGUGUCAGACCCGCAAGCAAAACUUCUACUUUCUAUUCUGUCCUCAAAAGACCUCUCACCUCCGCUUGAAUCCUAUCCUCUCCUUCUCAGACUUCUGUAUAUAUGGGUUAGAAAGUCAUCCAAGCCAUCUUCAGUGCAUAUUGAUUCAGCUGUUGUCAUUCUUCAUCAACUUUUCUCAUUGCAUAUUCAUUCAGAGCAGAGCCCUUAUUUCUACUCUGAGGCUUUUUUACUUGCGGGUGCUCUUACGUGCGUGCCUUCCAUAUCUGAGAAGUCAAAAACGGAUUGUUUGGAAUUGCUCAGCAGACUAUUAAAAGAAGAGUAUCCAUAUAUUUUUACAAGUAAUGGGUAUACUGCAAAAUUUCUUGCUGGAAUUGGAUAUGCUUUAUCUUCUUCGGGAACUGUUCAUCUUGUAAGGAUUGUGGAUUCCCUACUUAAAAUUUGGAAUAGAGCUGAUGGACCUUCUGGCAGUGUAUCAGAUGGUCUCAUGAUAUUGCAUCUUAUAGAAUGGGUUCUUUAUGGAUUUGUCAAGACACAUUCUUCAGAUAAAAUUAGUGUUCUUACCGGGGAGAUUUUAAGAACUUCAACUCCAACAUGUGCUUCAUUUGCUGUGCUUAUGGCUGCUGCUGGAGUACUGCGAGCUUCCAGUAGAUCUGUAUCAAGUGUCUUAAUGGUAUCAAGGAGUUCUGCAGAAGAAUGUAUCGGGCGUGUUGCAAGAAACUUGAUUUCCGGGACUGAAGGUUGUAAUACUUCAGGGAGCCAACCAGGGAACAUUCUCUUACUACAUUGUAUAUCAUUAGCUUUGGCCCGAAGCGGUCCUGUCUCUUUCCAGGUCUCCCUGCUUAUGUGUCUCUCUUCAGCUUUACUGAAUGAAAUAUUUCCCCUGAAACGUCUCUAUGCAAAGAUACUGGAAAACCACCAUGAUAGUUCAACAAUUGUGUUUAAUGAGGUAAAGCAGCACUUAAGUAGUGCCAUCUUUAGGGAAGCUGGUGCUAUAAGUGCUGUCUUUUGCAAUCAGUAUCUCUUAGCCGAUGAAGGGUCAAAGAGUGUAGUGGAAAAUUGUAUAUGGAAGUACUGUGAGGAUGUCUAUUCGUUGCACCGCCAAGUGGGUUUAGUGCUUAGAGGGAUCGAGGUUGAGUUGAUAGGGAAUUUGGAGAAAAUUGCGGAAUCUGCAUUCCUUAUGGUUGUAGUUUUUGCAUUGGAAGUUACAAAACAGAGGCUGCACUCCAGGUUUUCACGAGAAACCCAACUAGAAAUUUCAGUCAGAAUUUUAAUUGCAUUUUCAUGUUUUGAGUACUUUCGGCGAAUGCGAUUAUCUGAGUAUAUGGACACAAUCAGAAAGGUUGUUGUUAGUGUCCAAGAAAAUGAUUUGGCUUGCAUAUCGUUUGUAAAAUCUAUCCCUUCAUACAGUCAACUGAUAAAUAAAGAUGGACCUUCCAGCUUGAAUAAAUUAGACUAUAUAUGGUCUAAGGAUGAUGUACAGACUGCUCGGAUCUUGUUUUACCUUCGGGUCAUUCCCACUUGCAUAGAACAGGUACCAGCUUCUGUAUUUCGUGAAGUGGUGGCGCCAACAAUGUUCUUAUACAUGGGACAUCCCAAUGGAAAAGUCGCUCGGGCAUCGCACUCUUUGUUUAUGGCUUUUAUUUCUUCUGCAAAGGAUUCUGACGAUGAAGAAAGAUUAUCAUUGAAGGAGCAACUAGUUUUCUUUUAUAUGCAGAGAUCCCUGGAGAGUUAUCCCGGGCUUACUCCUUUUGAGGGGAUGGCUUCUGGAGUUGCUGCAUUGGUUCGAUAUCUUCCUGCUGGAAGUCCUUCUACAUUUUACUGCAUUCAUAGUCUUGUUGAAAGAGCUAAUAACCUUUCCAGUGAAAUCAUGGCUGAUGACAAUGAGGCAUGGACAAAUUGGCAAGAGGAGGCAGAGCCCUGUAAGAAACUUCUGGAACUGCUCAUGAGGCUUCUCUCUCUGGUUGAUAUACAAGUCCUGCCAAGUCUUAUGAAGCUGCUAGCCCAGCUGACUGUGCAGCUUCCCAAGGAGGGUCAAAACAUGAUUCUCAAUGACCUAUAUGCUCAAGUUGCAGAAUCUGAUGAUGUUAUUCGAAAACCGAUUCUGGUUUCAUGGCUGCAGUCCUUAUCUUAUCUUUGUUCUCAACCUACCAGUGGAAAUGCUGCUUUAACUGCAAAUACUGGUGAUUUAGGCUUCAACAAAAUUGAUGCACGACUAUGAGAAACUUAGGUUUGGUUUUACUAUAAUCGAGUUUUCUUACCUUGAACCAGAUGGCCUAAUUUGUUCCAUGCUGGGUUUUGCCCAAUGUAGCUUGACAAUCUGUAAUAUUUGUGUAUGUGUAACAUAAUAAGCCUGUAAUAUCUUUUCGGCAUGGUGCCACAGUAAGGGAAGAACGUAGUCAUCUGUGCUUGUACUUGUUGAAGCAUAGCAUGAUGUUAUCUACCAAAUGCAUAAUAAGAAUGAGACUGUUUGGUUUA